CCAGAAUUGAAGAACUUGUAUAGCGGAAGCCUUUCAUAGUAACAAAGCAAUGAACGGGACCGUUCCGGAAGAAGUGGUGGCAGAAUAAACCCGAUAAACUUUCGUUUGUGUUUCUAAAGAUAAGUGUCAACGUAAAGUGAGUCCAAGUUUUUGUGUAUUUACUUUGAAAGUUUACGGCGGGUCUAAACCAGCAUAGCCUACAGCGGGGAACUGAAAAUGGAGGUAGAAAAGGAAAUCAAGAAGAUGACCCUGGGCCAUGAAAUUGGCGCUGGGGCGGCGUGUCUGAAAUGCAAGGACAAGUGUGAGGGGUUUGAGCUCCACUUCUGGAGAAAGAUCUGCCGGAACUGUAAGUGUGGGCUUACGGACCACGAUGUGCAGAUGAACUCUGAUGAUAACAGGAAGGUGGGCAAGCUGUUCGAGGAUACCAAGUACACUGGCCUCAUUGCCAAGCUCAAAACUGACGGUGUACCCACAUACAAGGGCAACCAGGUCACCUUCUCCAUCUCUGCCAGCCCCAUAUCAGGAACCGCUGUUCCAUACAGUCCCCAGUCUGCCCACAAUGUGCCAGCCAAUGCUGGCUAUGGUGAUGGGGAUGGAGCUGGCUAUGGGUCCGGGGCUGGAGCUGGGCCUGGAGCUGGCUAUGGGUCUGGAGCUGGGUCCGGGGCUGGAGCUGGCCCCGGAGCUGGCUAUGGGUCCGGAGCUGGAGCUGGCUAUGGUGCUGGGGCUAGCUAUGGUGCUGGAGCUGGGCCCGGAGCUGGGGCUGGACCCGCUACCAUGCCCAAACCUGGGGCAAUCAGAGCCACUGCUGUGUCAGCCAAUGUCGUACCUGUCAGGAAGGAUGCCGUUCCCCUGAAGUCUGUUACCUACGAGUGGGCUCCUCCAGGGGUGAAACAGCACAUGGCGGUACGCUACAUCGAGCUCCUGCCCCCAGAGAGGCGUCCCAUAGCGGGCACGGAGGGUGCAGCCUACCGCCGGCAACAGAUGGCAGUGCAGCUACCGGAGCACGACCAGGAUCCGUCCAAGUGCCAUGAGCUGACCCCUGCAGAGGUCAAACAGAUGCAGCAGUUCGUCCGCAAGUAUAAAGACGAGGCCCUGGGAGUGGGAGACAUCAAACUGCCUGAGGAGAUGAUGGGUCAGGAGGGAGGACCAGGACAGGGAGCGCCAGGCAUGGGAAGACAUGGGAUGGGAGCCCCUGGGCUUCCAGUUGGGGCUGGGGGAUCCUUUGGUCCUGGAGUUGGAGCUGGGGGAUCCUUUGGUCCUGGAGUUGGGGCUGGGGGAUCCUUUGGUCCUGGAGUUGGGGCUGGGGGAUCCUUUGGUCCUGGAGUUGGGGCUGGGGGAUCCUUUGGUCCUGGAGUUGGGGCUGGGGGAUCCUUUGGUCCUGGAGUUGGAGCUGGGGGAUCCUUUGGUCCUGGAGUUGGAGCUGGGGGAUCCUUUGGUCCUGGAGUUGGAGCUGGGGGAUCCUUUGGUCCUGGAGUUGGGCCUGGGGGAUCCUUUGGUCCUGGAGUUGGGCCUGGGGGAUCCUUUGGUCCUGGAGUUGGGCCUGGGGGAUCCUUUGGUCCUGGAGUUGGGCCUGGGGCAUCUGUUGGGCCUGGGGCAUCUGUUGGGCCUGGGGGAUCCGUUGGGCCUGGGGGAUCCUUUGGGCCUGGAAUUGUGUCUGGGGUAGCCUUUGGGCCUGGAGGUUCUGGUCAUCGAACAAGGCUUGGGUCUGGGAGUAUACUCGGGCUAGUGGUACAGAGUCCACCUGGGAUGGGGGCUGGAGGUUACCCUGGGGCAGGAGAAGGUGGACCAGGAGACAUGGGUACUGCUGCCACUGCUGGGGCCAUGGGUAUUCCGGGAGCCCCUGGAGAUCACCUGGCUGGACCCUGUGGACACUAUUCGUGCCACCAGUGCCAGCUGACCAUGCGUCAGGGUGAGCCUGCAGUGUACGCAGAGCGUGCUGGCUAUGACAAUCUGUGGCACCCAGCCUGCUUCGUGUGCUGCACUUGCUCAGAGCUCCUGGUCGACAUGAUCUACUUCUGGAAGAAGGGACAGUUGUACUGCGGACGCCACUACGGAGACAGUGAGAAGCCACGCUGCGGGGGCUGUGAUGAGCUGAUCUUCAGUAAUGAGUACACGCAGGCUGAGGACCAGAACUGGCAUCUGAAGCACUUCUGCUGCUUUGACUGUGACUGUGUGCUGGCUGGAGAGACGUACGUUAUGGAGAACAACAAGCCUGUCUGCAAGCCCUGCUACAUGAAGAGCCACGCCGCGGUGUGUACGGCCUGUCAGAACCCAGUGGAGCCCGAGGCCCAGCGAGUGUCCUACGGGGAGUUCCACUGGCACGCUGAGCCUCAGUGCUUCCAGUGCUCCUGCUGUGCUAAGUGUCUAAUUGGAGAGCGCUUCAUGGCCAUACAGGGAAUGCUCUUCUGCUCUGUCGAGUGCAAGAAGAAGACCAUGACCUAGAGAAGACCGUGACCGCAGUGUACCGUACAGCAGCUCAAUCUUCUCCGGCAUCCCGACCACAAUCGUAAUUUGAACUAAGCCUGGUCUAGAAUACAAACAAUAGUCUAACAAUGAAAUUAUUAAUUAGACUUGACCACAAGAGCUUAGCUAAUUAUUUUCAGUUUCCAAGUUCCUGAUGGGAUGGGGAAAAUAAUGCCUUAAAUCUAUUGAUUCGUCUUCUCCUCUACAUCUUCUCUCUACAUGCACUGUUUUGUUCGAUCUGAGAUUCAUUUGGUUGGAGUUUUUUUUCAGAACACUUUCCUUCUGAGUUUAAAGCAGCUAUGGAUGAUUCUCAACUCGGUCUACUCAAGUAUUUUUUUGGUAUUAUAUCAGGAUCCCCAUUAGCUGUUGCGAAAGCAGCAGCAGCAGCUACUCUUCCUAGGGUCCACAGAAAACAUAACUUGUCUACUAAUGUUCUGUACCAUGUCAAGAACAGUGUCCUUCUUUGGGUUGUUCUCAAAUCCCUCUGCUUUCUUUCUAGAAUGUACUACUGAACUCGAAGCAGUAUUAUGAUUAACAAUUGCAGUGUAAUAGUAUUACAAUACGUGAUACUUUGUGCAGUAUUUCUGUUCUGCAGGAAGCAGCCUUUCAGUGUUGGCUAUGCAGACUAUGCAAUGUGACCAACUGAUUCUCCCAACCCAGUCCUGGAGAACCCCUGAUAACGCAGGCUUUCACAAGUGACAUUAUUAUGGACAACAUCACUGAAAUGUGAAGGCAGGUGAUGUCAUAUCUUCAGAACAUCUUAAAAUGAUCAGAAAUCGUUAAGUAGUUAUCUGUACUGUGGAGUCAACUUAUCUACUGCCUUCUCUCCUUCCUGCAGUCUUUUUAUAUUAUAAUCGGUUUCCCUCGCAGUCUUCACAAUAAGUGCCAUUGGCUUUCCUUUAUUUCUCUUGCACUUUAUAUUUUAUCCUCACACUGUAACAACCUAAUAAAGUUUUUUGCAAUGA